AUGGAAACUUUGAAGCGUUUGCAAAUAUUCCGAAAAACCCGCGCGACGAUCCUAGAUCCCCAGGAGUCCUACUACGCGAUCACAUCGCGCAUGAAUCGAUCAUGUCAAGUGGUCCUAGGAAUGGAUCUGCUCACUCCAGGAUUCUCAUUCGUUAAUCCACAGUUCAUAUUUUUGCUGGCGAUAAUGACAAGUUUUCUGUACUCGGACAUCGAAUCGGCAAUAUUGGCAGAGGACAUUGGUGGAUUCAUCUACAACAUCGCCGUGUUUGGCUUUGGACUGCAGGGAUUCGCGAAAUUCGACGCCUAUCUCUACCGGAGGCCUGAUUACCACAAGUUGCUGCAUUUGUUGGGGGAUUUCAUGGGUGAAUGUAAUAGUAACGAUCGCUGGAAGCAGAAGAUGAUCGAUUCGGUGGCUAUCUGCAUCAUUUUCGCUAAAUUCUACUUCGGGAUGUACACGCUGGUGUUCCUGGGUGCAAGCAUGAUUGGCAUACUUAUGUCCCUCUGGUCUGGGGAGUUGCAGCUUUCGUUCGGUUUCCAAUUUUCCUUCAUUGAUACAUCCGGUUUCGUAGGAUACAUUUUUACGUACUUAUAUCAGAUUAUAGCUGUACUGGAAGUGGUUCUUAGUUCAUUCUGUAACGAAUCACUCAUUGUGAUGGUGUUCGUCAAUGCUUUUGGAAUGUGCGACUGCAUAAUAUCCGAUUUGAAAGAACUUUCGAAAUUGUCACAGUUGGAGAAAACUCCGGAAAAUCGUCGUGAGGCGAAAGAAAAGAUGAAAUUAAUCAUACAAAAGCAUCAGAAUGUGAUCGUGUAUUUGGAUCUAGCAAACACAAUUUUCAGCACUUAUUUCUGUAUGAGUCUAGUGGCCAUGACUGGAACAAUUUCAAUUUUGCUGAUCGUGCUUGUUUGGCUUCGCUGGUAUCCAGCUAUAUUCUUAGCCAGUAUGGCAUCCAUUCAAAUUUUAAACAUGUGCUUUCUCGGAACGUUAUUGCUGCUGAAGGGUGAGGAAUUGGAGCGCGAGAUUUACGUUACCACUUGGUACGAUUUGGACGUUCCGGUUCAACAAUCGCUGAAACUGCUACUUUUGGCGAGCCAAAAUAUCAAGGAAAUAUCGUAUCGAUUCGGUGUCAUGAAUAUGGAAACAUACGUGCAGACUCACAAAUUAAUCUACAGUUUCUUCGCUAUGCUUGUUACCACAAAGGAAUAAUUUUUUUUAUAAAUUGACAUUCGAUUGAAUUAUAUUAAUACACACACAGCACUGUUCUGAAUAGUGUAUAUCAAUGAACAAGCAUUACAUGACAUAUAU